AUGUUGCCUGCUGUGUACAUUUUGUUGACAAGACAUGUUUCUUGUCUCUCAGGGAGUGUUGCCGUUAAGACCUUGGUAUUCCAGACUGAGACCAGUACCAGCUAUGUUGAGAUGGUCCCCCAGAAACCCCUGGAACUGAGGGCUUUCACUCUGUGCAUGAAUGUGGCCUCAGAGCUCAGCGGAAGGCGCGAGGUCAUCCUCUUUGCUUACCGGACUAAGGACAAUGAUGAGCUGAAUGUGUGGCGUGAACUGGACGGCAGAUUGUCCUUCUACCUGAGUGGAGACGGGGUUUUCUUCAAAGUCCCUGAGCUCGGCGCCCUGCAGACCCACCUCUGCGUCAUCUGGGACUCCAUUUCAGGUGCGGCGGCCCUCUUCACGGACGGGAGGAAAAGCUUGACCAAAAUUUACAAGAAAGGUCACACUGUCCGGCCCGGAGGCAAGGUUCUCCUCGGACAAGAUCCAGAUUCUUAUCUGGGUGGUUUUGAUGCCAAACAGAGUUUUGUUGGGGAGAUCUAUGAUGUUAAUUUGUGGGAUUCUGUCCUCUCAGACAGCACGAUCCAAGACAUGUUCUCAGGGAAGAGAGUGACAAGAGGAAAUGUUUUUGACUGGGAAACCACACAGCUCAAAAUUUAUGGGCAGGUACAAGUUCUUAAUCGUGAGCUGUAGCUCUAAUGCUAACACACGACAUGACAUGCUGCAAUAAUGAAGGUGAUGUCAUAAUGUCAAGUAACGCAUUAUAAAGCUCUGCAGUCGAUGGAAGUCAA